AUGGAACCCAAGCCUAUGUUACUUGCCACUGCAAGUUGUCAAGAAAACGUGGUGCAUGUAAAGGCUGGUCAUGUCGGUGACAUAAUAUUGCGUAUUGACAGGACCCGCCCCGAAUUUCCCAGAACCCGAGACGAACCCUGCGGAGACCCCGGCAUCACACCCAUGCCGGGUUCACUCCUUAAAACCAUGUCCUCUUUUACCAAAGAGGAUUAA